UAGACGGCGACCUGGACUGAGCAACUGCUAGCUGCUGGUCCCACACUUCGAAAGAUCUCUCAGCUCAUCCUGCUCAUCAAGCUUCCCGGCGAUGGCUCACCGAGACUCUAUUCCGCCUCCUCUCGUGCGCAAUGGCUCUUCCCCAAUGCUGGGAACGAGCAACGCUGCUCGCUCUAUGCCUAAAAAUGGCAGCACUUCCCGAAGUCGAGGCUUGACGGUUGGCCCUUCUGCUAUGCCUUCCUCGCCGCUGGCUUCUUCCUCUUUUUCAGCCUCUUCGGCCUCAAGUGGCUCAAGCACACCGCCAAUGGCCUCUCGACGUAUGUCUGUGUCUACACAGAGUCCUCUUCUCCGGGCGCAGGCCGCCCAAGCUUCGCCUGUGAAGUCGCGUCUGCGAGGACUAUCGAUUUCCUCGCACUCUCCACGUUCUGGAAGGGGCUUGAUGGUAUUGGAGGGCCCUGAAGAACCUCUAGAGGACUUCUCCGAUUUUUCCUUCGGAGAGGCGCCCCUGUCAAAUACCAAGCCCUCGAUGGCAGCGACAAAACCCUCGACGCAAAGCUCUGCGAUCUCUUGGUGGGGCCAAAGUGACUUGACUGUUCCAGAGCAAUCGUCAUAUAGCUAUGGUGGCCUCGAGGAGCCCCUCGGCAGCCCUGAGGCUCCCGUCGUCGACCCGCUAUCGCCAUCAUCCCUCAAAUCAUUCUUCAACCUACCAUCCCCACCUCCGACUAUGUCUUCGGUGGCGCCUGAUAUGGCUCCCGACUCAGUAGUCGUGCGUUCGCCCCAAUCUAUCACCGAUGGGGAGUUGCCAGAACUCAUGGCAGAUGUUGAUCACUCUGUUACAUCCUUAUUGGAGAGCGAUGACUUGCCUGACGACGUUGAAGACCUCCGAGACCUGGUCAAGGACCUACGAGCUGCCCUCUCAUCUCAAAGCGUCCGUUCGACGACGCUCUCCAGCUCGCUGCAGGAUUUGGCGCAACGGUCAGCAGCGUGGAAGCAUGCUCUAGAGGUGGCUCAAGACAUCAGAGUGCCAGCUAUGGAGGCCCAAGUCCGACAGCUCAACGAAGAGAAGGCCAGACUCGAAGCACGUCUGCAGACUGCUGGACCCAAAGUGCAAGAGAGCCGACGCGCUUUCUCCCUGUCUGAAGUUGGGCCGGCGCACGAUGUCCCCUUGAGUAACCUGUCAAGUCAGUCGUCGACCCCUGAGCCUCUCUCGGUCGAAGCCAACGGUGCAAGCGCAAACACUGCGAUCUCCCCCGGACCCAAGGGUCCCCGUCUCUCACAGAUCAUGCAGGACGAGCUGCCGGCCAGCAAUUUGCCCGUCCCUCCGGCCAGACGCAAUAGUCUCUUCUCCCUUCCCGGUUCUCGGGCCUUCAGCUGGUCGUCUGCUCCUACUGCUCGCUCUUCCGUCGUCAGCACGAGCGGGAUCAGCCCUCGCGAAUCCGUCGCUGAGUCCAACGCGGACUCGACUGCAGAAAUCUCCAAUGCGAAUAUUUCGACUGCCGAUGCUGCAACCGCAGCUGAGAUGGCACUGAUGCGCUCGGAGAUGCAGCGCCUUCGUGCCAAGCUUGAGGAAGCAACAGAAGCUCGCAAGGCGAGCGACGACUGCCUCAAGGCUCUGAAGGAGUUCAUAGGAGAAGGUGCCCCAGGUGUGCGUUCUCGAGCAAGCUCCAGAGGCUCGCUCACCGGCAUCAAAUUGCCGCCGUUGCCUACGGCCGACGAGGAAGACGAAGAAGAGGAAAUUGCGACAGCGAAGAAGGCUAGCACUACCGACGCGUCCGCAGCGGUUCCUUCUUCGUCUGAAGCAGCACCAGAAUCUGAGACUCUCGUCUCUUCCCUGACCAGCGUGCGAUCUUCUUUGGGAUCUCUGUUCGCUCGCUCGCCAAGUAUCAGCCUUGGAAGCGGCCAAUCUCUCUUGGGUCGAGCGAGCUCUCUCACGUUGGCGGCUUCGCCAUUGGGUAAGACGGCCUCGACGGCCGCCGACAGCCAGGAUGAAGAGCAGGGCGCGGGCAACAACGAAGUGCACGAAGUCUCGCCUGCGCCGGUAGCGCCGGUAGCGCCGAAAGAAGAGGAGAGCACUCCCACGCCACUCACAACAGCAUCUUCAACAUCGACAACCUCAGCAACACCCGCGAGCGCAGUCGCACCUACUUUAAACCGUCUCGGUGGCUGGUUCAAGAGGCCUUCCAUCUGGGAAGCACCUCCCACUCUGCCGUCACUCCCUGGCACUGCUGCCGAGGCUCUCAGUGAGACUCCAGCCCAAGCGACAGAGGCAUCCACUGCCAGUCAAAACCCUGAUCAAGCUCAAGUUGCGGUCGCUGCUACCAGUCCAGAAGUAGCUAGGGCCGUCACUGACGUGACCGAGGCUGUAGUAGAAGUCGUUGCCCCAGCCCCGAUGGUGCCGCAAAAGCCUGCGGAAUCUCGGGUUGAGCCAGCUCCAGUGGCUGUAGCUCCUAUUACUGCUGCAGAAGUCGUGGAGAUUGUCUCACCGACGUCUCCUAAACUUGUGACACCUCCGAUGGAGGUACGCAGCCCUACUUCUGUUCCGGCCUUGCCCCGAAAGAAUUUGGCAGCACGGGCCAGAACACGCUCGCAAGUCGUGAAGCCUGCCGAGAGCAGUCUCGACGCUGCGAAGGAAGCACCUCUGGUGACGGUACCCCUGGAUGGGUAGUCGUCGGAGGCUCUCCCACUAUGCGCCUUGCGCAGACACUGACUCGUAA